AUGGUGGCGCUUCUAAGCGUGCAUUCCUCUGCUGCAAUGGCCAGGAUGUCUUCUGACCAUUUGGAGUAUGGAUAUCUAGUUCCUCUGAUGGAGUCUUGGCCUGUUCGAAGCCUUUCUAUUGAGCAUUUUGGAAUCUGGUUUCUUGAAGCCUUUUGGUGGGUCGCUGUGGCUUUUCAUUGUACUGUUUUCAUCGUAUGUCUUGUGCUGAAUGAUGACGGCUGUCUUAUUGUUUGGCCUGGAAGUCUCUUGAGCUCCUUGGGCCGUUUCUUGUCUCGUCUAUGUUCGUGCUCUUUAAAGAGGGAACUCAAUCUAUUCAUGUAA